ACAAGAACAUAACCCUGGCGGUCAGACAUUGUUACUGAGCCUAUCUAUCCGUGUUGUUUGUUUGCAGCUCAACUGCACGUCUAAAAUGGUAACAACGGUUCCAGCUAAUCCUGCGAUGUGAAAGACAACAAAGGUGAUUUCUGUUGAUGAGAUACAUUCAUCAUAAGGUACUGAUUUGACUUAACAUUAGACCGAGCAGCCCUGCGGCAGGUUAGUUGAACCUUGACACACUGCACAGUGCACUGACUCCAAGUAAGAGACGCUUUGCAUAACGCUUACAUUUUAGUGUUAAAUUAAAUUAGUGUUUCUGCGAACGAAAGUAAAUUAGAGUCACUGACCUCCGCAGACCUGAAGAUGACAUCUAAGAAAGUGAUCGAGUUGUUCUACGACGUGGUUUCUCCGUACUCUUGGCUUGGCUUUGAGGUAAUGUGCCGCUACAGACACGUGUGGAAUAUAGAGCUCAAACUGCGCCCUGCUUUUCUGGGUGGCGUCAUGCAAGGAGCAGGAAACAAGCCCCCUGGUCUGGUUCCAAACAAAUUCCUGUACAUGACCAAAGAUCUGAACCGCUUGUCAGAGUAUUUUGGUGUUCCCCUGCAGGCUCCAUCUGACCCCUUUGAGGCCAUGUUCCAAAAAGGCUCCUUGUCUGCAAUGCGAUUUGUGGCAGCAGUACAAGAGAGGGAGAAGGGUGGAGACGAGCAGGUGGAGCGGGUGUCCCGGGAGCUGUGGAGAAGGAUCUGGAGUGAGGACAAAGACAUCACUGCACCUACAUCACUUUCUGAGGCAGCGAUGAAAGCUGGAUUGUCUGACAGCGAGAUUAAGGAAGUGCUGAAGCUGUCCACCUCAAAGGAGAUCAAAGACAAGCUGAAAAGCACAACACAGUGUGCACUUGAUCAUGGGGCAUUUGGCUUCCCCCUUGUGGUGUGUCACGUAAAUGGAAAGCCAGAGGUGUUUUUUGGAUCUGACAGAUUUGAGCUCAUGGCCCACUGCAUUGGGGAGAGGUGGCUGGGACCUCAGCCUGACAAAUCAACUGCCAAGCUGUGAGAUACUGUAUAAAGCUGCCUUCAAACACUGUUGGUGUGCUCAUAGAUUCUAAUUUCAAUAAUGUCUUUGACUCUUCUAAUUCUUCAAAUUUCAUAUUUUCUGUGCCUUCUGAAACCAAGCAGUAUAUUUCCAAAAGACCUCUAAUAACAAAUAGUAGUGUAAAUAAUGUAACAUACCAUUCCACUGUUAAUUAUGUGCCUAUUAAAAAUAAACAUUGACAACUUCCAGAUGA